AUGGCUGGAGAAAGGACUAAUCAUGUGAAAUCAUUCAUAUAUUGCAACAAUUGGAGUCAACAUCCUCACUUUACAAGACUAGCAGAAGAAAGAUGGCUGGUGCAAGUUGCAGGGUACAAAAUGUUUCAGAUAGUUAAGAGGCUGAAAUUGCUCAAGAGAAAGUUAAAGAAACUGCACAAGGAUCACUCCAGUAAUAUAAUAGCAGAGGUAGAAGAGGAUAUAUCAUCUUACUUAGCAGAAGUGUAUUUGCAACAGAGGAGUAAAGAAACUUGGAUGCACUUGGGAGAUGAUAAUACUAGCUACUUUCACUCUGUCAUAAAGCACAAAAAACUAAAUCAAGCAAUAAUUCAGAUCAAGAAUGACCUGGGUGAGCUAAAAACUAAUCAAGACAUCAUAGCUCAGAUAUUUGUAGAUUACUAUCAAGACCUGCUAGGAAAGAAGGCAACAAUUAUGGUGCCAGCUCAUCCAGCAAUCCUUAAGAGGGGAAUUAUUUGUUCUACAACACAACAAAUUCAGCUUAUAAAGGAGUUCACAGAGGAAGAAGUCAAAGCAGCCAUGUUUAGUAUUGACAAAAACAAAGCCUUGGGCCAGAUGAAGAUGCUUCAACAGAUAAAUGCCACAAAUAUUGCCCUUAUUCCAAAAUUUGAUCAUCUUGAAAGUGCAAACCAGUGCAACCCAAAUAUUGCUUCUGCGCUUUCGCUUUUGCGGCUCCUCACGCGCAAGAGCUGUCCCGCUUCUGCAGAACUUGACCACAUCUACGGUCCACGCCUCCCCCAGCAAAAUCUGCUUCUACGAGUCCUUUCCCGCACCUGUGGCCCUCUUCACGCAGACACUACAGUCGAAACCACCCGAAGAUGUCUCAUGAAAAUAGAUCUCAGGAAGGCGUAUGACAUGGUUAGUUGGGAAUUUUCGGAGAAAGUUUUGAGGGGGUUUGGAUUUCCUGAGAAGUUCAUCAGUUUGGUCAUGACAUGA